GAGCAUGCCGUGGCACGCCUGCAGAAAAGGACUGUUUCUCAGAUCUCAAGAACAUCGCUGGCUACAGACACGGACACAAAGCCUCAGUACGGCUCCUCGACUCUUUGAUUUGCAAGGAAGGAAAUAAGCCCUUGUAGUGCAGCAGAAGCAGCAGCUGUUGGCAAGAUGUGCUGGCAAAACUGAGCGAAGGAAGAUCUCCCAUCUGCUUCGUUGCCUGGGUUGGACUUAGUCUAGGAACUGGGAAGAAAGAGAGCAUAUGAGCGAGCACAAUCCCUCCAUCGUUGGGAAGAUGGAGGCGAAACCUUUGUUCAAUGUGCAGAAGGCGCUGAUGCAGCCUGUGCAGAUGUGCAUGCUGGAUAUUCCCCUCAGUGUCCAAGACGAUGAUAGCUCCACGCAGGAGAUCGGGGAAGAGCAGGAAGACGGCGUGAUUUACAGCAUAUCCCUCCGGAAGGUGCAGCUCCAUCACACAGCCAACAAGGGGCAGCGAUGGCUGGGGUUCGAGAACGAAUCGGCCUUAAACCUCUACGAGACGUGUAAGGUGCGGACCAUAAAAGCCGGGACCCUGGAGAAGCUGGUGGAGUAUCUGGUCUCGGCUUUCAAGGGCAAUGACUCCACCUACGUCACCAUCUUCCUGUGCACUUACCGAGCCUUUGCCACCACCAAGCAAGUGCUGGACCUGCUGCUCAACAGGUACGGCAAACUCCACCCGCAGGCCAACGGGGACCAUGCCAGACAUGCUGUAGAUGAGCGGCUGGAGCUGAAAAACACCAUCUCCUCCAUCCUGGGUGCCUGGCUGGAUCAGUACUCAGAGGACUUCCGGAAGCCCCCCGACUAUGCCUGCCUCAAGCAGCUCAUCUCCUAUGUACGCCAUAACAUCCCUGGGUCGGACCUGGAGCGUCGAGCACGGAUCCUGCUGGCCCAGUUCCAGCAGCAGGAGCGCAGCGAGGCGGAGGCCGAAGCCGUGGACCACACCAGCUGCACCUUCCAGAUCGUGGAGGAGAACGGGCUGGGGGAGGGCAAGCCAGACUUCCUCUCCUUCUCCCCAGAGAUGGUAGCCGAGCAGUUCACGCUGAUGGAUGCUGAGCUGUUUAAGAAAGUGGUGCCGUACCACUGCCUGGGCUGCAUCUGGUCACAGCGUGACAAGAAGGGCAAAGAGCACCUGGCACCCACCAUUCGGGCCACCGUCUCCCAGUUCAACAGAGUCACCAACUGCGUCAUCGCCAUGUGCCUCGGGGACCGGUCCCUCAAGCCACAGCAGAGAGCCAAAGUGGUGGAGCGGUGGAUCGAGGUGGCUCGGGAGUGCCGCAUCCUGAAGAAUUUCUCCUCUCUCCGUGCCAUCCUCUCUGCCUUGCAGUACAACGCCGUGCACAGACUGAAGAAGACCUGGGAUGAAGUGUCACGGGAGAGCUUCCGCACAUUUCAUGAGCUAUCGGAAAUCUUCUCUGACGAGAACAACCACUCGCUGAGCCGGGAGCUUCUCAUCAAGGAAGGGACGUCCAAGUUUGCCACCCUGGAGAUCAACCCCAAGAGGGCCCAGAAGCGCCAGCAGCAGCAAAGAGAGAUGGGUGUGAUGCAGGGCACCAUCCCCUACCUGGGCACCUUCCUCACAGACUUGGUGAUGCUUGAUACCGCCAUGAAGGAUUUCUUGGAUGGAGGCUUGAUCAACUUCGAGAAGAGAAGGAAGGAGUUCGAAGUCAUUGCCCAGAUCAAGCUGCUGCAGUCGGCCUGCAACAACUACAGCUUCACGCAGGAGGACCGGUUCGUAGAGUGGUUCCACGGCGUGGAGAGGCUCAGCGAAGCCGAGAGCUAUGGGCUCUCAUGUGAGAUCGAGCCCUUGUCUGAGUCAGCCAGCAACACGUUGAAGGCAAAGAAAAACACGGGCAUCAUAAAGCGAUGGAGCGAUCGGCAGCCGCCAAGCGCCGAGCCCUGCGCCAGUGGCAGCUCCCACUCCAAGUCCUUUGACCAGCUCAAGUGCGGGCAGUACCUGUGCAGCGGGGACACCACUGACUCACUCAGCGUCACCUCCGCCGGCUCCAGCAGCUCUGACGUGGAAGAGAUCAACAUCAGCUUCAUCCCCGAGUCCCCCGACUGCCAGGAGAAGAAGUUCUGGGAAUCCACCUCUCUGUCCUCACUGGACACAUCUGGGAUUGGCUCAGGCUCCAGCAGCGCCUCCUCCUCCUCGGUCUCCUCCACGCCGGUGACGGCAUCACGCACCCACAAGCGCUCCGUCUCGGGGAUCUCCAGCUACUCCUCCCUCUCACUGCCCCUCUACAACCAGCAGAUUGACGAUUGCUGUAUCAUCCGUGUCAGCCUGGCUGUGGACAAUGGCAACAUGUACAAGAGUAUCUUGGUGACAAGCCAAGACAAGACCCCGGUGGUGAUUCGCAAGGCGAUGGCCAAACACAACCUGGACGGGGACCGGCCGGAAGACUACGAGCUUGUUCAGAUCAUCUCAGAGGAAAGAGAGCUGAAAAUCCCUGACAACGCCAACGUUUUCUACGCCAUGAACUCUGCUGCCAACUAUGACUUUGUGCUCAAGAAGAGGGGCUUCUCCAAGGGGGUGAAGAUCAAGCAUGGCUCCAGCUCCACCCUGCCCCGGAUGAAGCAGAAGGGCCUGAAGAUCGCCAAAGGCAUCUUCUAGUCUCACCCUCGCUGCACCCCUCACCAACUGGGCCUUGAGGGCAGGUUACUCUGGGCCUGGCUGCCAGCCUGGUGGGGGUGAGGGCAGCGUGCAGGUGGACUGACAGCGCACACGGUGCUCGGAGGGGGGCAGUGUCAGCCAGUGUCCCAUUUCCAUCAGGGCUUUUCUACACGGAGGGGGGCUGGCGUCUCUUCUUCCACCGUGUGCCACCACCACAGCCAUCCAGCUGCCCAGCGCCAGACCCCGCCUCUCUGCCGUAGGUGCCUUCUGUCUGAAAGAGUGAAGGACUGGCGACUUGUCAGCACAUCUGUCCGCCUGGGAUACACGGGGAGCGAGGGGCGCGCCAGCUGUCGCUGGGGAGUCGGCAGGAACUUCCCUGGGAGCAACAGGGCUGGGUGCAUCACUGCCCGUGCUCUGCCAUCACCCAGGGCUGCUUUACCUCCAGGUCCCACUUUUCUCUCCUGGGACGUUGUGCCACCUGCCUGCCCCUGCAGCCGCACGUGGCUGCCCUGAAGGGGGAGUUAAAUUGGGAAGGAUGAAGCCACUCAGCACCACACUUGGUUGUGGAGGAGCGUUCUCUGGAUGCGUGAGAUGGCUCAGCAGGCACUCGGUGCUCUCUGGGACUUUGCACUGGAAGCCUGGUCGUUCCUCCUUUUACUCCCCCGAUCCCAUGGUCUGCCAGGCUGGACUCUGACGUCCCAGGCUCCGUCAUUUUCAAACCUGCACCAAAGAUCAAAUGCCAGUGUCUCUUUGGAGGCUAAAACACCCCUCACCAAGCACGGGGAGCCAUCAGCGGAACAAGGAGGAGCCAUCGUUUUCUCCAAUUCCUGUACAGACGUUUGUAAAUAGGCUUUUUUUUUAUACGACCCGGGUGGGAGCGGAGAGGACCAGAGCAGUUUACAACACAAAACGCCUGCCUCUGUCCGUGCCGCCCGCAGAAAGUGCCACUCGCCUCGGGCUUUAAAGACUUUUUAAAACAUGGACAAUAGGGGGGUGGGGGGGAGGGACUCACAUUUUUGUACAAAAAAACCUGUUUACUGAAUUUUUUUGCAAUAUUUAUUGGUUGUAAAUAGACCGAACUGACUUGUACAUUUUACUAACCUGCCCCCCUGCCUGCUUGUAUUUAAAGUGACUGGGAGAGAGCUCUCUGGCAGCUGCCUUGCUUCAUUGUGUGCUUGGGGGCAAGAGAGUCUUUCUAAGCCCCCUGGUUCCUUUGGCUAACACAGUCCUGCGUGACCUGGGAGAAGGGCCUCGCUUGUGAUCACUGUAAGAAACACUAACCAAAGGGGGCCCCUCUGUUCCCAGACCCGCCAGCAGCCUUUCCUGCUCAAGCACCUGUCCUGGGGCCUUUCCUUCCUCCUCCAUCUCUGUUUUGUAACAAAGCUGGUGUCCUGCAUCCCUGCAAGGACCCAGGGCCUUAUCCUGAAAGUCAGGAGCUUUGCCCCUCUUGGAGCAGGUUCGGUAGGACCCCAAGUAGAAGUUGCCUCCUCGUAUGCGUGCUUCCCCCGGGCUGGUGCUUAAGGCACAAGGGAGGAAACGGGGGGAACUGCAGAAGCGGCUUUAUUGCAGCAGGACAGUGUCCAGGGCACCUGGCUGCAUGCAAGAGGCUGCAGGGGUUAGGUGGCAACCUCUACCCGGGACCCUGAGAGUCAGACCAGGACCUGGGACAUCAUCUGCCUUGGGCAUUUGGCUUCUUAGGAAGGACGUUUGUCCGUGUGCCUAACUGGGACAGCUUAGAAAAGGUAGUGUGUCUCCUAUGAGCACUGCUGUGGCUUUCUUUAGCCCCCUGCCUUCCCCUGCACAUGAAGGGAGCCAUCGCCUCCCUGAAGCAGGGGUUGGAGCCCUUUUCACUCAUUUUGCUCUGCUGGAGCCUUCUCUCUCCCCACUCUGCCUUCAGGGACCUGUUAGCCAGCUCAGCAUCCGUUUCUGCAACCAAAGCACUUCAGCCAAGCACAGCAGGUCAGCAUGCCUCAGACUGGGCUUGCUCUUCCUGUUGCUGAACGACCUGUUGCUCUUCUGCACUGCUAACCCAGCCCUUCCAGCCUCUGCUGGGCCUUCAGCUCUUCCUCUCUUGCCAGUGUGAAUCAUCUCCUCGAGGUCUAUGCUGUGGUCCCGUGUUGUCUGGGAGGAAGAGACCCUUUUCCUCUCAGCAAGGCCUCUCUUUCAGCCAGCACAUGCCAUGGCCUCCAGGCCUUGGACUAUAGCCCUGCUCUGAGCAGCACCGUGGCAAAAAGUGCCUGUAAGGUAAGACAAUGGGGGGCAUGCAGACUUCAGGGCAAACGGUUCCUGUGAAAUGGCUCUUCACCUCGGAGGGCAGGAACAAGUCCCACCCAGUAGGGAGACCAGCAAAUGCUCCAUUGCUGCCUGUGCUUCUAGCAGCCCACUGCCCCUUCUAUGGUAACACUGGCCUACUCUUGGCUUAAGUGCUGCUUCGUGCCUCAAUAACUGGCCUGCAUCUGAGGUUAAAUGCAGGGCAGAGUUGACAGACCAGCCUUCUCUCCCCACCGUCUUUCCAAGGGCCGGCAGACUCUGAAGUGCCCCCCUGUGCGUAGGUGAUCAACGUAGCUGACUGUAUGAUACGGAUUUUGUAACAACUCCUGUGAAGGUACACACUGCCCAGUGUGACGUGUACACAGUCAUGUAAUUAGUCUUUGCAAUAAAAUACCAAUGCUCUGACAA